AUGGUCAUAGAAGGUGUGGUGGUCAAUGGCAUCACUCAGCUGCUGAGAAUGCCCUGCACAUUAGGGUUAGGCUUUGCAUUUUCUUUGCCUUCAGAUGAGCACUCUCCCCCUUCUAAGAAGGCAAGGAAAGUCUUGACCUCUAUAUCAGCCAAGAGAGAUCAAGAGGUUGAAGAUCUUCACACCCUUUGUAUGUUACAGCUUGCCUGUGCAAGUUGUGAGGCCUUUGCUGCACAAGUCAAAUUAUGCUGGAUGUGGAUUCAUGAACUCAACAUUAUGUGCACAAUUGCCUAUGAUGAGUAUGAAGAAGCCCUUAAGCUGCUUAGGACUGCAGAUUGCCAAGUUGGUGAAGUGCAACAAACCAUUAGUAGCAGCAGGACAACCAUCACUACUCUUUCAUCUCUCAGGUUGUCCCCUGUCCCUACUACAUUAUCUGAGUCAUCUUUGGAUGGCAUCUCCAUCGAGCACAGUGCCUCAGCCUCUCCUGGUCCACUGGAUGUGUAG